GGGAGUAUUACUAUCGACCAACACAGACCCUACGGCUGUCGCUGCUAAUGGGCUUCGUUGCGCUCCCUUCAAUUUCUAUAGAGAUUCAGCCUCUACAGCUGCAACCUCUUAAUAACUUUGUGAAGGGACACCGGUGAUCCCGGAUAUCGGAGCCGACCGUGCAUCCCAGAAAGUCUCCCCAUUCCUGUCGGUCGCAGAGUCUACUUAUCCACCGCAUCGCCACUUAUGGACGACGCAGUCCCUCUACAGCAGACGCAGAAGGGUUGCGGAUAGCAUUAGUGAAAAGUAAACGACCCCUCUCGUCACUGAGACCUUUACAACCUCUACCCAUAAAGAAGAUCCGCUUGCCCGCUACCGACGAACACAACAACGAUCAGUGCUCGGAACAUAAGCUCUGAAUUGCUAUACAGGAGGCUCAAGAAUAAAAUUAGCGCUGUAUCACGAGGAGUGCAUGAGCUAUGGCUACAGGUUCGGUCUCUGUCUCUGGCUACAAUGCCGCCGUUGAGGAUUUGAGAGACUCCGAAUAUCCUAUGUUGAAACAAACCACCUACCUUGAUCAUGCGGGUACAACGCUCUAUCCGAAAUCUUUGAUCGAGCGUUUCUCCGCCGACAUGAUGUCUAAUCUAUAUGGAAACCCCCAUUCCGCUUCCGAUUCCUCACAACGAUCCAUGAGGCGCAUCGAGGACGCACGUUCAGAACUAUUAAGCCUAUUCAAUGCCGACCCCGGGGACUUCGAUAUUGUCUUUGUGGCCAAUGCUACAGCGGGCAUCAAACUCGUAACAGAAGCUUUUCGGGGCUGUCCGUUGGGAUUCCGCUAUAUAUACCACCGGGACUGUCAUACAAGCCUCGUAGGAGUCCGAGAAUGUGCUAUAGAGUCCCGAUGUUUGGAGUCUGAUACGGAGACAGAGUCAUGGUUAGUCCAACAGCAAGAGCUAUCAUCGUUACCCUGCCGAAAUACACUUUUUGCAUAUCCCGGGCAGUCCAACAUGAAUGGUCGGAGGCUACCGCUAAGGUGGUCUGAAGAAGCCAGAUACAGAUCAGAGCCUGGUCAGCCAAGGACGUACUCACUGCUGGACGCAGCCGCUCUUGUAUCAACUUCGCCGUUAGAUCUUGGCAGCGCAAAAUCAGCCCCUGAUUUCACAAUUAUAAGCCUUUGCAAGAUAUUUGGCUUUCCUGAUCUCGGGGCAAUCGUUGUCCGUAAAGACGCGGCGAACAUCUUUGACAAUCGCCAGUAUUUCGGUGGAGGCACCGUGGAUCUGGUAGUCUGCUCGAGAGACGAAUGGCAUUCUAGGAAGUCUGAAACUUUACAUGAUCGACUUGAAGAUGGGACCCUACCGAUUCACAGCAUCAUUGCCUUGAAAUUUGCACUUCAAAUGCAUAAGGAGCUAUUCGGGUCGCUGGAGAUGGUGUCCAAACAUACGCUUGCUCUGGCUAAGCAACUGUAUCACAAUCUAUCAAGUUUACGGCACGGAACUGGACAGCCUGUCUGUGAAAUAUACAAAGACCCUUCUUCAUCCUAUGAUGACAAAAUUUCACAAGGACCAGUCGUAUCGUUCAACAUACGCAAUGCACAAGGCGCGUGGAUAAGCAACCAUGAGUUCGAAAAGCUAGCGGCGAUCAAGAAGAUUGACGUCCGUACAGGUGGGCUAUGUAAUCCUGGCGGCAUAUCUUCGUCUCUUGGUCUCGCUUCCUGGGAGCUGAAACAGAACUUCUCAGCCGGACAGAGAUGCGGAAAUGAAAAUGAUAUCAUGCUUGGAAAGCCAACAGGUAUGAUUAGACUAAGCUUAGGUGCAAUGAGCAGUAUGGAGGAUGUGUCACGAUUCACUAGAUUUAUGCACGAGUUCUUUGUUGAACCCAGUCCAACCACUCUGACAAAGAAGCAACAUAUCUUGGCCCGGCCAGCACAUGGCAACUACUUUGUGGAGAGUAUCAUGGUAUAUCCCAUCAAGAGUUGUGCAGGCUGGAGCGUUACUGGCACAUCGUGGCCAGUCCGGGCUGAAGGUCUUGCGUGGGAUCGUGAAUGGUGCUUGGUCCACUCUGGCACUGCUACAAGUCUCAGCCAGAAGAAAUAUCCAAAGAUGGCUCUCCUCCGACCAGAGAUUGAUCUCGCAGAGGGAUUGCUUCGCGUGCGCUAUGUGGGUAGUUGCUCCGAACUUGAUCCACGUGAGGUCAUACUCCCACUGUCAGCAGAUCCACGCUACUUUGCGAAGGCUGAUGGGUCCAAACUUCGAUCCACUAAGAUCUGCGGGGAUACCAUAUACAUGAGACACUAUGAAUCGAGCGAAAUCUCGUCUUUCUUCACUCAAGCUCUUGGAGUAGCCUGCCAGCUAGUUCGGCUCCCACCAACUGGAUCCUGUUCAUCUGCGUCACGGUUCUCGAAAGCUCAUUUGCAGCAGCAUCAGUUGUCUGUCGACGCAUUGCUUCCUGAUGUCUUACCGUCACCCGAUGACGGGGUAUCAAAUCCAAAGAGACCAAUCCUUCUGUCCAAUGAAAGCCCCAUACUCGUAGUCUCACGAUCUAGCCUUAACCGGGUGAAUGAGCUCAUUAAGGCUUCGGGCGGUAAGGCUGCACAAGCAGAGGUGUUCAGAGCCAAUAUUGUAGUUGCUGAGGACUACGGCACGUUACCAGGCCUGGAACAACCUUAUGCAGAAGACCACUGGCGUUACAUGCAAGUCGGAAGCCAAUACUUCCAGGUCCUGGGAUCAUGUCGGCGUUGUCAAAUGAUAUGCAUUGAUCAACAGACUGGAGAAAAGAAUGAAGAACCUUUUGCUACACUCGCUAGGACUCGUAGAUUUGAUGGCAAAGUAUUCUUUGGGCAACACGCUUGUCACCUGCCUAUGCUUUUAGGAGAAAGCACCAUAGCCCAGAAUUUCACUGUCAAAGUAGGAGAGACUGUGAGACCGUUCCUUGAAGGGGAAAUAGGCGACAUGGGGCUUUUGGAAGCUCAUCGGCUGAUGAGAUAUAAUGGUGGUGGUUGAUGUCACUGUAAUGAAGGAAUUGUACCCCAUAUACUUAGUCCUGUCGCACGAUAUUUACUACUACGUACGUAUAAAAGACAAUAUUACAGCCAAUGUAGAUAAUUCUCAUAUUUCUUCAAGUCAGAGACUGAUGUGUUCUGAGAGCUAUCUUAGCUCUGACCACGUUCAUCCUUGUGAAUUCUUCGAUCCAUACCUUUUUCACUCUCACACAUGCACCACCCACUCUUUUUGGGGAAUUUGUAGAUCCUUAAUGUCUAAAUAUAUACCACCAGAAGAUAUUAGUAAAUACGUA